AUUCACGCCCGUCUUCUCCCUCUUUCCCGGUAAAAAAGGUUAAUUAAAGCUUACCCUACAACCGUACUCCUCUCUUCAACCCCAUACCAUUUACCAGCACCCUUCCUUCCUCUGUCUCCUCAGUCCUCAGGCCCCUCUGCAGUAUUCUGCCACACCCCUGCAACCCCUCCCCCCCUACUUAGUACCCACAUUACACACUCUUUCUCUCUCAUUUUCAUUUUCUGUCUCCCAAAGCUCUUGAUAUUUUUUUUUUCUUUAUCCUUUUUAUCUCUAUCUGUAAUAGCUAUUACAAAGUCUUGUUAACUAGCCGCAGAAUAACAAAAACUUGUAUACUGGCUUUACCAACAAUGGAAGCAUUUAGCUUACUCAAGUACUGGCGUGGUGGUGGUGCAGUUUUCAAAUGUGACGGCCCUACUAACCUACGCGCUGCAGACUCCUCUUCCUCUUCUUCCGCCGCCACCACCACCAUAGUCACCGCGGUCAGUCCUUUCUCCUCAGACUCCGACUCUGACGGCGGCGACGAUGGUCCCUUCUUUGACUUGGAAUUCACUCUUCCAGAAGAAGAUGACGACAGUGACUCCGAGGAACAAAUGAAGGACCACAGAGAUUUGGUCCCGAAUGUUGAUGAACAAGUAGAAAAUGUGAGUGAAAAGGUAAAGAGUGAUGGAGGAGAAGUAGAAAAUGACGAAGAAGAAGAAGAAGAAGAAGAAGAAGGAGAAGAAGGAGAGGAGAUUAAAUUCACGCUUUCCUCCAGCUCCAGCGGCGACUCUAACGAUCCAAAUGUCUCGCUUUCUCCUUCCGAUGACUUGUUCUUCAAAGGCCGUCUCGUUCCCAUAGAUUCUUCCUCCAUGAUUCUCAACGCCGCCGAAGCUCUCCCAAAAUUUCAUCCAGUUUCCUCCAUUUUAAAAUCCGCUACCAAAUUUCGCGUCCAGAUGUUGAACUUCAACAAAUCCAAGUCCAAUUCCCGCGAAAACCACAAAAAAUCCGAACCCCAGGAGAAACCGGAGAAUCAAGAAAGAAAGCAACAGACUAGUAAACUCUUCACUGUCAAGUUGAAGGUUGAAGAAGUUCCUCUGGUUUCUCUGUUCACCAGAGAUAAUAGUUCCAAGGGAACAAACAGCAAGUCAAUUAAGCGGAAUGCUAGUAACGACGGCGUCGUUGAGAAUACCACUGAUUCGAAUGGCCCUACAGAUGAGAGGAAGUUUUCCAAAGAUGUCAUGCAAAAGUAUCUGAAGAAAGUUAAGCCGCUCUAUGUUCGCGUUUCAAAAAGGUAUGGAGAUAAGCUGAGAUUUUCCGGGCAGUUGAGCUUUCCAAAGCCCGGAGCUGGUCCACCUCCGACGACGGCGGAGGUGAAGUCUCCGACGGAGAAACCCACUGCCAUGAAAGGGAAUGGCGGUGGUGAGGGGGGCGAGGUGGCGUGUGAAGUCGCGGGAGGGAGUAAUGUAGUGAAGAGCACUCAGAAGCAGGGGAAUUUACAGGCUGGGCUCCGCGUUGUCUGUAAGCAUUUGGGCAAAAGUCGGUCGGCGUCGUCGUCGGUGGUGACGGCUCCGGCGGCGCCUGUAGCCUCGAAUCGACGGGAUGAUUCCCUGUUGCAGCAACAGGAUGGGAUCCAAAGUGCCAUCCUGCAUUGCAAAAGAUCUUUCAAUGCUUCUAGAGAUUUGGAGGCUUCGAUUCUAUCACGUUCAGUAAGCGAUCCGUCACAUGAGAAAUCGGUGAGUUAGUAGUGAAUCAACAGAUUCUUGAUCCCUUCUGUCCCUGUUCAGAGAGAAAGACAGAGAGAUAGCCAGAGGGACAUGCAAUUGUAAGGAGACUCACCCCGUGAUGGUUUACUUAUUAGUAAAUUCGUAGAUUUAUUUACAAUUAAUUGCUGUACUUGAGUAGGUUGUUUGUAAGUGCUUGAUGGAGUAGUAGUAGCCGUAGAUAAAUAUUAAUUUAUGUAAAGUGGUAUCAAAACUUAUUAAUUAAUGAAGUGAAAAGUAAGGAGUAGAGAUGCCCUAGUUUGGUAGGCUGGUAGGGUAUGUCUUCUUUGAUGUAAGCGACGGCAUUGACUGGGAAAUGAGUAAUCAAUUAUCACCUCUGCUUCGUUUUGCUGUAAAUAUCUCAAUUAAUGUAAGUAAUCAAUUAUUACUCCGGUAUUUACUUGCAAAGUUGUGAUGGGAAAGGAAGGGGUAUGCUAGUAAUAUCACGUGUUAGAAUUUUUCUGUAUUUUGUAAGGAUGGUCAGAAAUUUGAGAGCACAAUAGUAGUGCUAGCUACAUGUAAUCAAGGACGAAUUCAAGUGUUUGAACUGUGCUCUCAAAUUUGGCACAGUUCAUUUAUUAGUAAAGGGUUUGAUUUGAUCUUUCCUGUUGAA